AUGCAGUGAAUAUGGAGCCACUUGGAAAUACAGAUCUUUACGCGCAAAUUUGUUUUGCAAUGACUUUUCAAACUACUUAUACGGGGUGAAACCGCAGCGGUCUCGGCUGUUUUUUGAGGUGACUACUGAGCCAUGAGGUCCGCAUCCUCGCGGUUAUCGAGUUAUUCCUCCAGGGAUUCCUUAUGGAGCCGGAUGCCGGAUCAGAUCUCUGUGUCCGAGUUUCUCUCGGAGACGACGGAGGAUUACAAUUCCCCCACGACUUCAAGCUUCACCACCCGUUUGCAGAGCUGUCGGAACACGGUCGGUGUUCUGGAGGAGGCUUUGGAUCAGGACAGAACAGCUUUACAAAAGGUCAAGAAAUCUGUCAAAGCAAUCUACAACUCGGGUCAAGAGCAUGUGCAGAAUGAAGAAAAUUAUGGGCAGGCAUUGGACAAGUUUGGCAGCAACUUUAUCAGCCGAGAUAACUCUGAUCUGGGAACAGCAUUCAUCAAGUUCUCAAGCCUCGUCAAGGAGUUGGCCGCUCUGCUCAAGAACCUGCUUCAGAGUCUCAGCCACAAUGUCAUCUUCACCCUGGACUCUCUGCUCAAAGGAGAUCUAAAGGGAGUGAAGGGGGAUCUUAAAAAGCCUUUUGACAAGGCCUGGAAAGACUAUGAGACCAAGUUCACAAAGAUUGAGAAGGAGAAGAGAGAACAUGCCAAGCAGCACGGCAUGAUCCGUACGGAGAUCACCGGUGCAGAGAUUGCAGAGGAGAUGGAGAAGGAACGACGAAUCUUUCAGCUGCAGAUGUGUGAGUACCUUAUCAAAGUGAACGAGAUAAAGACCAAGAAGGGAGUGGACCUCCUCCAGAAUCUCAUCAAAUAUUAUCAUGCACAGUGCAAUUUUUUCCAGGAUGGCUUGAAAACCGCUGAUAAGUUGAAGCAGUAUAUCGAGAAGUUAGCUGCUGAUCUCUAUAAUAUAAAACAGACCCAAGACGAGGAGAAAAAACAGCUGACUGCUCUUAGAGAUCUCAUCAAGUCGUCUUUACAACUGGACCAGAAAGAGGAUUCUCAGAGCAAGCAGAGUGGCUACAGUAUGCACCAGCUGCAGGGUAAUAAAGAGUUUGGCAGUGAGAAGAAGGGCUAUCUCUUUAAGAAGAGUGAUGGGAUCCGUAAGGUGUGGCAGAGGAGGAAAUGCUCUGUGAAGAAUGGCAUCCUCACCAUCUCUCAUGCCACAUCCAACAGGCAACCAGUGAGACUGAAUCUGUUGACCUGCCAGGUUAAACCCAGUGGAGAGGAUAAGAAGUGCUUUGACCUGAUCUCCCAUAAUCGAACAUAUCAUUUCCAGGCAGAGGAUGAACAGGAGUUUGUGAUAUGGAUCUCAGUGCUGACUAACAGUAAGGAGGAGGCUCUGAACAUGGCAUUCCGUGGCGAGCAGAGUGCUGGAGAUGACAGUAUGGAAGACUUGACCAAAGUCAUCAUUGAAGACGUGUUACGCAUGCCUGGGAAUGAAGUCUGUUGUGACUGUAGCGCUUCAGAGCCUAAAUGGUUAUCCACUAACCUUGGCAUCCUGACAUGCAUCGAGUGUUCAGGGAUCCACAGGGAAAUGGGAGUCCAUAUUUCACGCAUCCAGUCCAUGGAACUCGACAAACUCGGCGCCUCUGAACUCUUGCUGGCUAAGAAUGUGGGUAACAGUAGUUUUAAUGAAAUUUUGGAAGGGAAUCUGCCGAGUCCAUCACCAAAGCCAACACCAUCAAGUGACAUGACAGAGAGAAAGGAGUACAUAAAUGCAAAGUAUGUGGAGCACAGGUUUGCUCGCCGGACAGCCACUACAGCAACAGCCAGACAGGGUGACCUUUAUGAGGCCGUGAGGACUCGAGACCUGAUGGCCCUUAUUCAGCUCUAUGCUGAUGGAGUGGAGCUCAUAGAUCCAUUUCCAGAAGCUGGACAGGAUCCCGGAGAGACUGCACUGCACUUUGCUGUGCGGACGUCUGACCAGACCUCACUGCACCUGGUGGACUUCCUUGUACAAAACAGUGGAACUCCAGACAGACAGACAGAUAGUGGAAACACUGCUCUGCAUUACUGCUGCACAUAUGAGAAGCCAGAGUGUCUCAAACUGCUGCUCAGGGGAAAGCCAUCUAUUGACCUAGUAAAUAAAAAUGGGGAGACAGCUUUGGACAUUGCCAGACGACUGAAAAAUGCACAGUGUGAAGAGCUACUGGUGGAGGCAGCAGCUGGAAGAUUUAAUCCUCAUGUCCAUGUGGAAUAUGAGUGGAAUCUGCGGCUGGAGGAGAUUGAUGAGAGUGACGAUGACCUAGAUGACAAGCCUAGUCCAGUGAAGAAGGAGCGUUCUCCGCGACCUCAGAGCUUCUGUCAUUCCUCCAGUGUCUCUCCUCAGGAGAAGCUGUCUCUACCAGGUUAUUUAGGACACAGGGACAAACAGAGACUUUCCUAUGGAGCCUUUGCCAACCCUGUUUACAGUACUUCUACCGAUACACCUGCAUCUCCCAUAUCGGAGGGCCCCACAAUUGCCAGCAAGACCAUAUCAAAAGCUCCUUCCUCUGGACCGCCCACCUCCCUGCCACUGGGAUCUCAGUCAAGUGUAGGAGGCAGCUCCACACUAUCUAAGAAGAGAGCACCUCCUCCACCGCCCGGACACAAGCGCACCAUGUCAGAUCCCCCAAGUCCUGUGCUGCAGGGCCCUCAAAGCAAAGGAAGUGAGUGCACACCUCCAUCUGCAAAUUGGACAUCCCCUGCCAAUAAGUUUGAGGGAAUUCAGCAGCACCAAAGCACUACUUCUAUGAACGCAAAAGCAACAUUUGGCCCACGAGUUCUUCCCAAACUACCUCAAAAAGUGGCACUACGAAAGAUUGACACAAUCCACAUCCCCUCCAUGGACAAGUCCUGUCAGGGCCCCGAUGUGCUGCUGAAACCCCCACAGGCCCAGGACACCCCCCCUACUAGAGCUUUAGAUCCAAUAACUAGACCCACAGAGCCCCCGCCUAAAAUCCCACAACCCGCAGAAAAGUCCCAGCCUCUUGAGGUGCCUCAGAAACCACCGGUCUCAGACCUCCCCCCUAAACCACAACUGUCGGAUCUUCCCCCAAAACCACAAUUGUCAGAUUUACCCCCAAAACCUCAGCUUUCUGACCUACCCCCGAAACCACAGCUUAAGGAUCUGCCCCCCAAGCCACAACUCUCUGACCUCCCAUCCAAGCCUUCAUUGUCUUCAGCAUCUGAGCCCACAGAGAGGCAGCCGACACAGGAGGAAACAAGUCCAAAGCCCCAGCUGACAGAGUUACAGUCAUUCAGUCAGCAGGAGGAGCUGUCUCCCAGACAGGCCAGUGAGGACACGAAUGGUGCACCGGCAGGAGCUAUGGAGAUGCCAGUCCCUAUGCCACGCAAAAUCAACACAGUGGGAAAGAACAAAGUCAAGCGUGUGAAAACCAUCUAUGAUUGCCAAGCGGAUAAUGAUGAUGAGUUGACCUUCCUGGAGGGAGAAGUUAUAAUUGUUACAGGAGAGGAAGACCAGGAGUGGUGGAUCGGGCACAUAGAGGGGCAACCAGAAAGAAAAGGCGUCUUCCCAGUGUCCUUCGUGCACAGUCUGUCAGACUGACAGCAUACAAUGGUGUCAGGCAUGAGGCUCUCAAACUAGCACAAACUCCACGCUCUCUGGCCUCACACUGGACUGUGGACAUUGUAAAUAGCUGCUGAAACCCAAACAGUCUCCAGACAAACAAAACAUGAAGUAUCAAUACCAUGCUCCCUGAAUACUCAAGGAUGAAAUGUGUAAACUCUGUGUUGUUCAUAAACUGUGUUUUCCUGCCUACCAGUAUUAUCGUAGCCAUGGCAACCCAGCAUGCCAAACUGGGUUUGCAGUAGCUAUACUUGGAAUCUAGCACUUAACAUGUAUGCUGUAACUUUGUGUAUGUGUACACAUAUAGAAUUACAUUUUAAGUGUGUUUUUGUACAUACAUAUGCACAGAUGUAAGUGUAUAUUUAUGUACGUAUGUAUAAUGAAAAUGUGUGCAAAUGUUAACCCUGUUUGCUAAUGGAGCCAGAGUGACUCUAGACAUUUAGGUGUACUGUUUAAAACAAAUCAUCUCUUGAACUUUUGGAAGCAGUAAAUGAGGAUGAGAGCAAAAUACAAUGAAGUUACAUUAAUACUAUACCAGUGUUUAAAUUCCCAGCAUAGUGGCAUGCUGAUCAGGGAUUAAAACCAAAAUGUUAAGGUUUGAAGCAAAUAUCUCAUCUCUUAUAAAUACACUAUCAAUAUAUGAAUUAAUUCAGGCUGCAUUGCUUUGCUUAUUAGUGUGACAAUUAAAAGUCAGAAAUCACAUUUAUUCUGAAAGCCUCAAUGAGUUAGAGGCAUACAAAAUUAUGCUAGAAUAUGCUCUCCAUACUGAGAUGUUAAUAUGAUGGCUAUAUUCACCACAUAACCACAUAUUCAGGAAUAGGUGGGCCGAGGGGGCACAUGUCCUCUUCAAUGUCUAUGGUGUUUAUGGAAUUAGUUGUAUCUAUGAGACUGCUUCUUUGACACCCCAUUGUUGUUUAAUGCCAAAUCUGACAAAACCAAUGCCUCUUGGAAAGUGUCCUUGUCAAUCUUGUUUUAGUAUAUGAAACAAUAAUGUAUUUGGCUCACCUAGUCUCUGGAUGUCAUGCAUAAAAUCUAGCAUUAAUUGUAAAGCUCUGAUCAUUCACUCAAACAGCACAAAUUGUAGAUCUGUCUGGUCAAAAAUGGUUGACUUUGUGUAAAACAUACAUAUAUUGCAGUAGAAAACAUCUGUUAAAGAUUGGUUUGGCUAUUUUUUUUGUCUGCUUACAGUGACUAUGGAAUGUGGUUUUUGUGUGUGUGUGUGUGUGUGUGUGUGUUGUUCAUUUCAAAUGAACUCCAAGGGGACACAGCAGUGUGUGACUGACUCUGUAUGACUCAGAAUGAACUAAUGCUGCCUCAUUUAUCCUUGGUUUUUUAUUAUUACUGUAAUAACAAACAAUGUUGUAUUAAUGAUGCCACCAGUGGGAAUACUUUUAUUGGAUGGAUUAAAUUACUUUAUAGGCACCCGGUAGCGGUGGUAAAAACAAAUGGAUUAAUUUCUGAUUAUUUUACUCUAGAUAGGAGCUCCUGGCAGGGUUGCCCUCUUUCCCCAUUAUUUUUCUGGAACCAUUAUCAGCCGAUAUAAGAAAGGAGGAUGAUUUUCCGGAGGUGGUGGUGGAAGGUUUGGCGUGUAAACUUUUGUUGUACGCAGAUUAUAUUUUAUUAUUCGUUUCUGACCCUCUUGAUCUAUGCCUUGCCUCCACAGAAUUAUUAAUACCUUUUCUAAAUUCUCAGGAUAUGGAGUCAUUUGGUCUAAAUCCGAAGCUUUGGCUCUGACGGCGUACUGCCUAGUAACGUAUUUUCAGCCGGGCGCCUUCCAGUGGCCCAAACAGGGCAUUAUGUAUUUGGUCAUUUUAUUCCCAGCAAAUUUGUGUGAUUUAGUUAGUUCAUUUGAACCCUUUUAUAAAGAGAUUUUUGAGCGAUGUGUGUAAGUGGGCUUCGUUACAUUUAUCUAUGAUUGGUAAGGUUUAUGUUAUUAAAAUUAUUUGUAUUCCAAAAUUCAACUACCUGCUACAAUCUUUCCCUGUAGAUGUCCCCCUCUCUUAUUUUAAGUAAUUUGAUAGCAUAGCGAAGUCCUUCAUUUGGAAUGGUAAACAUCCCAGAUACAAUUAUGGUAAGUUGCAUAAGCCAAUUGACAAAGGUGGGCUAGGCCUACACUAGAUUUUGUUUUAUUAUUAUGCAUUCGGUCUCAGACAUUUGGCUCAUUGGUCACUUCUACCUGAUAGAGCCCCACCCUGGUUUUGUAUUGAACAGGAAGUUCUUGCCCCUAUUUCGCCAUUGCAAAUCCUUUCUAUCAGACUAUUCGGAGAAGUUAAGUCACACCUGUUAUCUUGCAUUUGCAUGUGGUAUGGACAAAAGUAUCCAGAGUGUUUCAUUCUGACAUUAUUUAAAUGUUGCCUCGAGCAUAUGGCUGAACCCAAAACUAUGUAUUAAUAAGUCCCUUUUCUGCUGGUCAGAGUGGAUUGUGAGGGAGGUUAAUACGAUCGGUGACCUAUAUGAGAGUGGAGUUUUGAGAUCCUUGUAAAGGAUUCCCAGAUCUCAGUUCUUAAGUAUUUAAAGUUGUGCCAUCUGCUCCGUACUAUUUUUGGGAGUAGCAUACACCCCCCUAAAGAGGCAGAUACUCUGGGAGUGGUGAUUACUGCUUUUGGAAAAGUAUAUGAGGCAUCAGUGUAUUACUCCCUGCUAAUUCAGAGUCUGGGAGCUUUAACUUCUAUCAAGAGAUUGUGGGAGAAAUAUUUUAAUCUAGUAUUGGAGGAGGGAGUGUGGGCUAGGAUUCUAAAAGGCAUCAAGUCUGUAUCUAGAGAUGCAAGGGUCCGUCUGAUGCAAUUCAAGAUUUUACAUAGAGUCUAUUGGACCCCCUCUAGAUUGUAUAGGCUUGGUCUUAAAGACACACCCACCUGCUGGUGAUGCCAAUCAGAAGAUGGAUACACAACCCAUGUUUUUUGGUGGUGUGUUAAGAUCCAAGAAUUUUGGUUGAAGGUUCAAAGUUUUAUGGGUGACGUAUUGGGCACUCAAAUUUCAUUUUGCCCCAGAGGGCAGUCAUCAAUAUAGGAGAUAAACACAUCCAAAAUUGGGUCCUGACCAGUGUUAUGAUAGGCAGACUAUUAUUUUAAGGAGAUGGAAGUCAGCUGGAGCACCCUCGUUUCAGGAGUGGUGCACAGAGAUGGGGAGGUUGGCAGAGGAGGUUUCAUGUAGAAGGCAGAGGAUCUGGGAUUUGUUUGAUGGGGAAAUGGAGCAGUUAUUUGGCAUUUUUGGGGGACUCAUGGGGAGCGGCUGUGGACAGAGAAGUAUAGUUUUAAAUGUGUAUGAUUAUUCUAUAUAUAUUUUUAGUUUUUUGUGUGUGUGUAUUUAUAUGUAACCACAGGGAUGUUCGU